AGGAGGAGGAGGAGAGGAGGACGCGCGGUGCCGGCGCUCCCUCCGCCCCCAAGAUGGCGGCGGCGCUGAGGGGCCGCGCGGGCCCGGGCGGGGCCGCGGCGCUGUGGCGGCUCCAGAGCCGGCGGCGCAGCUCGUUCGACGUGGCCGUGGUGGGCGCGGGGAUCGUGGGUCUGGCCGCGGCCCGGGAGCUCCUCCUGCGCCACCCCUCGCUGGCCUUGGCCGUGCUGGAGAAGGAGCAGGAGCCAGCCCAUCACCAGAGUGGACACAACAGUGGUGUGAUCCACAGUGGGAUUUACUACACCCCUGGCUCCCUGAAGGCCAAGCUGUGUGUGCAGGGGGCAGCCCUGUGCUACCAAUACUGUGACCAGAAGGGGAUUCCCUACAAGCAGUGUGGGAAGCUGAUUGUGGCUGUGGAACAGGAUGAAAUUCCAAGGCUCAAAGCUCUGUAUGAGAGGGGGCUGCAGAACAAUGUCCCAGGGCUGAAACUCAUUGGAGCCAAGGAAAUCCAGGAGAAGGAGCCCUUCUGCAGGGGACUGAUGGCCCUGGAUUCUCCCUACACUGGCAUUGUGGAUUACAAACAAGUGGCCCAGUCCUAUGCCAGAGACUUCCAGGAAGCAGGUGGGACAAUCCUGACCGAUUUUGAAGUCACAGACAUGGAGAUGGCCAAAGAAAGUUCUGCAGGAAGUCAAGAUGGGCUGAAAUACCCAGUCAUUGUUAGGAGCAAAAAGGGGCAGGAGGUCUCCUGUGGGCACAUCCUGACCUGUGCAGGGCUGCACUCCGACCGCCUGGCGCAGCUCAGCGGCUGCAGCGCCCAGCCCAGGAUUGUCCCGUUCCGGGGGGAUUACCUGGUGCUGAAACCAGAGAAGUCUUACCUGGUGAAAGGGAACAUUUACCCAGUUCCCAACCCUCGUUUCCCAUUCCUGGGCUUCCAUUUCACUCCCAGGAUGGAUGGCAGUGUCUGGCUUGGCCCUAAUGCAGUGCUGGCCUUCAAGAGAGAGGGCUACAAACUCCUGGACUUCAGCCCUGGAGACUUCUUAGAAGCUGUGACCUACAGUGGGCUCUGGAAGCUGGUGCUGAGGAACGUGUCCUACGGCCUGGGCGAGCUGUACAGAGCCUUUUCCCUCCCUGCCCAGGUGAGGCAGCUGCAGAGGUUCAUCCCUGAGGUCACCACCAGUGAUGUUCUCAGGGGUCCCUCUGGUGUGAGAGCCCAGGCCCUGGACAGUGAGGGCAAUCUGGUGGAUGACUUUGUGUUUGACGGGGGCUCGGGGGCCGUGGGCAGCAGGAUCCUGCACGUCAGGAACGCUCCUUCCCCCGCCGCCACCUCCUCCCUGGCCAUCGCCGCCGCCAUCGCCGACGAGGCCCAGCGGCGCUUCCAGCUCUGAGCCCCGGCAGAAAUCCCAGCAGGGAUCCUGCCUGCUGCCCCUCUGCCACCUGGCACUCCUCCUGAAGGACACACAGCCACCAGGCAGUGCCCAGGCAGCCUUGGCAAGGUUCUGUGCCCACGGCGUGGUGAGGAAGGUUUGGCCGGCGGAGCGGGAGCGGCCAUGGCAGGGUCUGCAGGCACGGGCAGAGCAGGCUGGCAUCCCUCUCUGCUGGGACAGGCUGGCAUCCCUCUCUGCUGGGACAGGCUGGCAUCCCUCUCUGCUGGGACAGGCUGGCAUCCCUCUCUGCUGGGACAGGCUGGCAUCCCUCUCUGCUGGGACAGGCUGGCAUCCCUCUCUGCUGGGAUUUUCCAACUCCAGGCACGGGCAGAGCAGGCUGGGAUCCCUCUCUGCUGGGAUUUUCCACCUGGAUUUGCCAUGGCUGUGCUCACAACGCUGCCUCCUCAGAGGGAUCUGAAAAGCCCCAGGCAUGGGGGCUCUGUGUGGGCUCUGAUGCCAUUGCAGUUGGAUGUGCAGCCCUCUGGAUGACAUGGAGGUAAUGGAAAAGGAGGAUAAGCCCUGCUUAAGGGCCCUGCUGAUGGGGAAUUAAAGGCUUUGUCAGAGACUGAGAACAAUAUUCAGAGCCUUCCACGUGAAUGUAGAGCAUUUCACAGAAAAAUAAGCUUAAAGAGGAUUACCAAACCCAAGUCAAUUUAGAUCUGCAGUUCAGAUACUCUGUCUGAUCACUGUCUGUAUUUUUUAUAGAGCAGAAAUCAAAAUAUGGAUACAAACAAUCACUUUUCAUUUCAUUUACAGCUGGGAAAUCAGUGCUGAUCAGAAACUUCAUCAUCAGUGGCUUUGGGUUUCUUCCUUUGAAUGCUGAUGAUGCAAAAGGAGCUGAUCUUUGUCCAGCCACUUGAGCAAUCCAGGGAAAAUGGUCUUUGGAACAGGAAAUCUGAAAGGAGGGAAGCUCCAGAAACCUGCCCUGAGUCAUGGUUGGUGUUGCUUCCCUUGGAGCCCGAGCAGGGAUGAUUCAGGAAGGUUUCCCAUUUUCCCUGAGCACGAGGGGAGCUCAGCCAGGGCUGGAGACUCCUCCUUGCUCCAUGGACACCCAGUUUUUAUCAGAGAGAAACCUGGAGGAGUCUGGGUGCAGGGAGAGCUGAAGUGAACUCAGUGCUGAGCUCAGGAUCUGGGAGUGUCCUCCAGAAUUGCUGCAAAGCAGAAUUUUGUGGCCUCAGGGACAAAGUAUUGAGGAUUUAAUAACAGCUGCUGGGUAACAGAGAUAAUUGUGGGGAGUUUGCACCAGAAAUUUGGACAUUAAUUCUUCCUUUAAAAGUUCUUUUCUGAGCUCCUCUGAUGGGAGUGGGUUAGCACAGGAGGGUGAGGCUGAUUUUACUGUAUAGAUUGGAGACACUUUUGUGAAGGGGGAAAAAGGGCUUAAUCUGCUUUUUUUAAUUAUUAUUAUUUUUUUUCCUGGUAAAAUCUGCUUUACCAGCAAAUUGACUGCUGGAAAUUCAAAUACCAACCCUUUCAGAGCAAAGUUUUGGUCACUUCAGGCAGAGAUUCAGCUGUUCCAAGUCUUCCAGUGCCACAGGGCUGGGUAAAACUUCCCACAGUGGAACAAUCCUGUCUUCCCUCCCUGCCAGAAGUGUUGCCUAUCAACAGUAAAUCCUACAAAAGGAUUGCAAAAGCCACUUCCUCCCACUCAGGGUGUGGCCCUGACAUGUAUGAACAGAAUAAAGAACAUUAAAAUGCAAAGCAGACAGGGACCAGGGGAGUCCUGAGUCAGCAUUUCCCUGUGCACUGCUUUUUCCUCUCAGGUGAUGAUUGUUUGGGGGUAAAGUUCAUCUGAAAUUUAAAUUAUGAACCUUGAUGUAGCAUUCUGUUUUUUCAGAGAUAAAAGAUUUACACUUUUGUUAUAAAAAUAAAUUCAGAGAUGAUGAUGUCAGGGUUUCAGGCGUCAGUCUUGCUGCUCACAAAGUGUGAAAAUGUAUUAAUUUAUUUUCCAAAUGAGCCUCACUUUGAUCAUUUCAUAAAUGUGCCUUUUAUGAUUAAAACAGUGUGCUGGGAUUUUUUGAAAUGCUGUAAAAUCUGUGUAUUUCUCCUGACUCAGAGAAGAGUUUGACUGGAAUUUGUUAAUUCUCAGCUGAAUUAGGCAGGAUAUCACUCUGAAACACUUCAAGGGGAGGCCACAAGACCAAACUUGUCUUCCUGAAUUAUCUUAUCUGUGCUGCUCACAGCUCACAGCUCUUCCUCACUCGACAGGACUGCUCUGAUCUGGGCCUGUUGGGACAGGUGGGAUGAGAAUUCCUGAAACUCUCAAUAAAUAUUUGGACAAACA